AACCCAAGUGGUAAUACUAAUGCGAUCGAAGGGGAACGCUCCAACAGUACCUUUGAGAGAGGGAACGCUCUAACAGUACCAUUGAGAGAGGAGUCCGAGACAGUAUGGGGACAGGAAUGCACUCAACGGCCGUGGAUUGCUGCUGUGUCUCCCGAACAACUUUGGAACAGUACCGUCUCCAAUACAUCCGUAAAUCCACCGUUGAGCAGUGAUGAUGAUGUAGGACGAAAUAGUUGGACACGACAGGACGAGAAAGCAAGUCACAACCUACGAGAUCAACAACAAGAGUCCUCACUCACUCACGGUCAUUCCUUAGCGUCGGACG